AGAGGGAGACUGGCUUUUCUGAGUUUGUCAGCUCCCCCUAAAAUAGCAGUCAGCGUGUAAAUGUGAACUGAAAUUACGUUUAUCCACUGGAGCCACCGAUAUAGAGUGCCUAUACUCAGCGACUGACUCGGGAGUAAAGAUUUGAGUGUGUUGAAGAAAGAAGAAAGAGUGUAAACCAGAAGAGAGACUGUUGCACAAUGUGCUAGGAGAGUGGGGGAAGAAAUCGUGUUGUUUUCUGAUAUUGUCGAGGUGUCAGAGAGACCGGAAAGGACCCAGCCAUGGGGCGGAAGAAGAUACAGAUCACCCGGAUCAUGGAUGAAAGGAACAGGCAGGUUACCUUCACGAAGAGGAAGUUUGGCCUGAUGAAAAAGGCCUACGAGCUGAGCGUACUGUGUGACUGUGAGAUAGCCCUCAUCAUUUUCAACAGCUCUAACAAACUGUUCCAGUACGCCAGCACAGACAUGGACAAAGUGUUGCUGAAAUACACAGAGUACAACGAACCCCAUGAGAGCAGAACCAACUCUGACAUUGUAGAGAAAUUGAGAAACAAAGGCCAUAAUGACUGUACUAGUCCUGAUCCAGAUGACUGUUUUGGGCACAGCCCCCUCAUGGACGACCAUUACGGCAAACUAAGCGAAGAGAGUGAUUUAAUGUACAAGCGCUGUGGUCCUACAGCAUUGCCUCAGCAGAACUUCUCCAUGCAUGUGGCAGUGCCUGUUUCCAACCCUAAUGCCAUGUACCAGCAAGGAGGGCCUUUGGGCAGCCAGGCCCUGGCCUCAGCCACAGUGUCCCUGAGUGACAGUGGGAUGCUGUCCCCUCCACAGGCCUCUCUGCACAGGAAUGUGGGCUCGAGUGGAGGCCCCCAGAGGCCCACCAGCGCAGGCUCUGCAGGGAACGGUUUUGUUAACCCCAGGGGCUCUCCGGGCGUCCUCAGCACACCCAGCGGCAAUGGCCUGGGUAAAGUCAUGCCCACCAAGUCUCCACCGCCCCCUGGAGGGAACAUGGGAAUGGGAAGCCGCAAGACAGACCUAAGGGUUGUUAUCCCUCCAUCUAGCAAAGGGAUGAUGCCCCCACUGAACACCCAGAGGAUAAGCAGCUCCCAGUCCCAGCAGUUGGCCACUCCAGUUGUGUCUGUCACCACCCCCAGCUUACCCCCACAGGGCCUGGUCUACUCAGGCAUGCCCACCUCCUACAACCCUGCUGAUUUUCCCCUGAGCAGUGCAGAGAUCUCGUCCCUGCAGGGCUUCAGCUCUCCUGGGCUCUCGCUGGGCUCCAUGUCGGCAUGGCAACAGCAUCAACUAGGCCAGGCAGCUCUUAAUUCUUUGGUUGGUGGAGGUCACCUACCUCAGGGCUCCAACCUCUCUAUCAACACCAGCCAGAGCAUAAACAUCAAGUCUGAGCCCAUCUCACCGCCGCGGGAGCGUGUCACCCCCUCCGGCUUCCCCCCUCAGCCGCAGCAAGGAUCCAGCCGACAGGAAGUUCUGGGACGUUCACCUGCCGACAGCCUCAGCUCCUCCUGUAGUUCUUAUGACGGCAGUGAUCGCGAGGACCACCGGGCAGACUUCCACUCCCCGCUGGGACUGGGCAGACCACCCGCCGGCUCAGAGGACAGGGAGAGCCCCUCAGUCAAGCGCUUGCGCAUGGACACAUGGGUGACAUAAAGAGCUGGGAUCAGGCCUCUAGUCACCAGCCAGGCAGAGAGAGAGGGAGUGAGGGGUGAGAUAUGGAGACAAUAGAAAGAGCAAGGGUCCUUUGAGCUUUCAUUACUAUACUACCGUUAUCCAACUCCAUUUCAAUUUGUAAGACAAAGUGGCAAAUGUUACAAGACAUAUCUAAAGUCAAUUCUCAAACUGAACAAGAAGAUUUUAAAAGUCUCAGCUAGCUUGACAUCAUUUUAUGCACAAACAGGCGGUACUAGGUAGUUGGUGCAUUUUAAAACUGAAGAAAGAUGUUCAAAGAAAAACUGUUAAACAAUAAGCAGUAGAUUAUUGUAGUCACUGGUCUAGACAGACAUUUACAUGUAGUUGCUGUGAUGCUAUUGUGCUCGCAAGUUGCAAACAAUCAGAAGUUGUGUUGCUUUUAAGCUGAGGACCCUCACAUACAAUGUUCAGUUCAAGAACUAUCUCUUAAAAAAACGUGCUGUAACCGUACAAGACCUUUAUCUCAAGUGGCCUCGUCUAAUUUAUUGAUCAGACCAUCAGGAGAUACAGAGAUACAGAGAACAUGGAGUUAAUUAAUACUUUACAAUGAUUUUUAUCACACAGUAAACAAAUGCAUCAGUUGAGACUACUUUAGUGCUUAAAUGAGACAGUACUGUUGGAGGUAAAAACAAAAUAGCGACAGAAUUUAUUGCAAUAACGACAUACUUUUCAUUUUUUAAUUUAAAAAAAGUAGGAUAUAUAAAUGUGCAAUUAAGAAAAUGCGAACCUGUCCAGUUGAACUGGUGAGAAAAUCAACAUGUUCACAUUUGUGUAACAGUUCAUCAGUAAUAUAAGCCAAAGCUGUUCUUUUGUGUUGUUUUGUACAGUUGCUACAGUUUCCUAACAGUUCACUCAGAUGCACUGUUUCCUUCAAUGUAGUUUUAUGUUUCGUUGUGCUUCAUCACAAGCAGUGUAAAGUCAUGUAAACCUGAUCUUGAAUCAAUAUCUUAAGCCAUGAACAUUUGCUGUUCUGUUUGUACAAUUGAAAAUUUGAGCCAAACAUUUUCUUCUGUUGUGUAAAUAUGGACUUUAAUAUAUAUCACCAGGGUGGGAGUACAGACUGAACGUACUGUAUGAUCACCAUUUUCAAGAAAAGUAUAUUUUUGUGGAUUACAGCCAAGUUUACAAGAGUAGACCCUUAAAAAGUAGAUCUUUCACUGGUCGAUAUUUGCUAUUUUGUUCAUUUUACUGUACUCUCCCCUAAAUUGAAUAUACAACAAAACCUCCCAUGUGUUUCAGUUCCAGAUGGUCGACGUUUUUUUUCUUUCUGUCUUCUGUAUUCAUGGUGAUUGUUUGUCCUGAAAACAUUGUAUUAACAAUGCUGUGAGGUUGAAGUUCCACUGUUUUCAGAUUUGUGAAUCACAAGGCUAAGGGAAAUAGGAUUUCUUCCCUCCUUUUGUAUUAGCUUGUCUUAGUUGUAUACCAGCAGCUGCUGAAUACACUGCCAACAUUCAAACCCAAGGUCCCAGCCCCACACUGAAGAACCAUCUAUUGUUAUUGCACGUGGCUCAUCUGAAAGACAUGCCAACUCUCAAGCCAUUUUCACUAUCCUGUUAUUGGUUUAAAGAAUUUAAGCAGAGGACAUACAUGUAGUAUAAGAGGCUGCCGACACUCACACAAAACUGAAUAUGCUUGUGCCCGUACGUAGUUGUAAAUAUUGCAGUCUACUUGAAAUAUGAGUCCUAAUUGUGUACAAAAAUUCUCAUUGUGUACUGAAUUGGCCCUAUAAAUUGUAUCUUACAUCGAUACCCUGUUACUAUUAAGAGAAAGAGGGCUGAGACUUGCUUUCUUCUCCAUCCUCAUAGAAGCAAAUAAUUCAGCAGCUAAUUCAUAAUUACAACAACAACUACGCAAUGUCAUUGACUUCAAUCUCACUGCUGGAUUGCACACAUUUGUACAAGAAGUUUGCUGUAGGAGAAAGGUAUCACUCUGCAUUCACCGUGACUUAUCCUCUGUGUGUGUUUCUGAGAUUUCCCCCUUUUAUCAGCUCGAUGGAAGUUCUUAGUAUACAUCUGUAAUGAUCUAUGCAGCUUUAGUCCCCAAUUCAUUUGACAUUAUACAGACUAUGAUGUCAUUAAAGGUCAUUUUGUAAGUUCACAAAGCAUCAGGAAGAACCGCAUAUGAGGGUAGACUGUUAGCCAAUUAUCCUGAAGUGCCACAGCUGGAUAUUACUGGACUACAAGUUCCAUAUUAUACAUUUUGUUGCAUGAAUGAUUUUUGAUAUACCCUGGGGGAUCUCUUCAUUUCAUUGACAUUGGUAGACAUACUGUACUUUACAUAUUAGGUAUCCAUAAUGUAAUCCAGUUUAACACAGCUGGUUGAAAUAGCAAUAAUAAAAGAAAACUAGUCUGCCUGUCUAGGCAGCAGCACCUCGUAGUUGAGCACACACUUUAGCACUUGAUAACAUAUCAGGGAAUUUUGUAGUUUCUCUAUUUACAGUAUAUGCACAGAUAGGAAAUGCCUUAUCCCAAAGAAAAAGAAAAAAGAUUUUAUUGUACUCUCUCACUAUCUAAAAAAACGAUAUCAUUAAACUCGACCAGACCUGCCUCUGCUCAGAAAGACUGGCACUCUAAAACCCACGGUGAAUGCACUGUGAUACACUUUGCUCUUUGAGUCUUUGUCCAAAUUGUGCACAACUGAUGAAUGUGAAAAGAGAGGGUAAUUGAUGAACCUUUGUAAAGGACUUUUCCUCACUUUGCUGUGUAAAAGUACACUGCUUUGCUUCAUGGCUUUUAUAAACAGAACUAUGUGUUUGGUAAGUGUUUGUAGUUGAUAGUUCACUUAACUGAAGAAGCUGUUUUCGGUUUGAAUGCUCAGACCGUUUGGCGGCACAAGCUGGACUUUGUUGCCAAUAAUGAAAUUAUUUGUUUCAAAAUUGAAAGAGAUUUUAAGUUAAUCUACAUUUUAUUUCCCUGGAAUGUGUUAUUUUAUUUUGAUCAUACAAUAAAUAUUCAAGUGAACUUUUUAUUAAACGAUUAACAUACUAUGCUAGAUAUUGUUGUACAAAUUUGUAUUCUUCAAAAAAGUACAAAUAUUGGCUUUUAAUGUGUAAUUUAGGUUAUCUCUCUUAUUCUGUAUAAAACGAAGCAAACAGCUCUUACAUAGAAUUUGUUCUCCUGUGAAGUCCCAAACAGUAGAAACUGUCAACUUUAUUAAACACCUCAGUGUAUGCUCACUCUGAA